AGCGCAUGCGCCGCGAAGGAAAGUAAUUGGCAGGAACUGCUAGUGAGCCAUGCCGACCGUCGGCGUGAACCGAGAUCUGCUUUUUCAAGCCUUGGGAAAAAGUUACACUGAUGAAGAAUUCGAUGAACUGUGUUUUGAAUUUGGUUUGGAACUUGAUGAAAUUACCUUUGAGAAGGACAUAAUAAGCAAAGAAAAAGGUGAUGGAAAAGCAGAGGGUGCAUCAGAAACCAUUCUGUAUAAAAUUGAUGUUCCUGCUAAUCGAUAUGAUCUCCUUUGUUUGGAAGGCCUAGUCAGAGGUCUUCAGAUUUUUAAAGAAAGAAUAAGGGCUCCACGAUACAAAAAAAUCACACCACCCAAUGGUGCAAUUCAAAGACUUACCAUUAGUGAAGAGACUGCCCAAAUCCGUCCUUAUGCAGUAGCUGCAGUUCUUCGUAAUAUAACUUUUGUCAAAGACCGUUAUGAUAGUUUCAUUGAUCUACAGGAAAAAUUGCAUCAAAAUAUAUGCAGGAAGCGAUCGUUAGUUGCAAUUGGUACCCAUGAUCUAGAUACAAUCUCUGGCCCAUUUAUUUAUACAGCUAAACCACCAGCUGAAAUUAAAUUCAAACCAUUGAAUCAAGAUAAAGAAUACAGUGCUCCUGAAAUCAUGGAAAUGUACAGGAUGGAUAAUCAUCUUAGACACUAUCUACAUAUUAUUGAAAAUGAAUCACUUUAUCCAGUUAUCUAUGAUAACAAUGGUGUUGUUCUCUCAAUGCCACCAAUAAUUAAUGGAGAACAUUCAAAAAUAAGCCUCAACACUAGAAAUGUACUUAUUGAGUGUACAGCCACAGAUCUUACCAAGGCAAAAAUUGUACUCGAUAUCCUGGUUACAAUGUUUAGUGAAUAUUGCAAUAAGCCAUUCACGGCUGAAACAGUAGAAGUAACUUAUCCUAAUGGAAAAAGCUACAUCUUUCCAGAGCUGUCCUACCGUCGUGAAAAAAUAAAACCUGAAAUAAUUAAUAAGAAGAUAGGAAUUAGUGAGACACCAUCAAGCCUAGCAAAGCUGCUUACUAGAAUGUGUUUGAAGUCGCACGUCAUAGGGAAUGGGAACAAUAUAGAGGUUGAAAUCCCACCUACGAGAGCUGAUAUUAUCCAUGCAUGUGAUAUCAUAGAAGAUGCAGCAAUAGCGUAUGGCUAUAAUAACAUUCAGAUGACUAUUCCAAAAACGUACACCAUAGCUAAUCAAUUUCCACUCAAUAAACUCACAGAACUUCUGAGGCAAGAUUUGGCAGCAGCAGGAUUUACUGAAGCCCUCACUUUUGCUCUGGUAUGUGUGUAAUAGAUUCUGUGUCUA